GCGAUCUGCUCACCUCCCCACUGAGGCCGAGUCAGUGGUGAUGAAACACCGAUUCCGCCGGGCCUCUGGCAUUCCUGGUAUUGUGGGCUGCAUCGAUGGGACGUCCGGAUCCAGGCACCAUCUGGGCAUGAGUAUCUGUAUGUCAACCGCAAGGGAUACCAUUCAAUCAAUGUGCAGAUUGCUUGUGACGCCAAUUAUAAAAUCUUUAAUUUGGUGGCGAGAUGGCCUGGAUCUACCCAUGACGCACACAUCCUCCGGGAGAGUGUGUUAUACCAGGAUUUCGAGGCUGGAAGAGUAAACGGGCUGCUUCUCGGCGACAGUGGAUACCCACUGAAACACUGGCUGAUGACGCCUAUAAUUGCUCCGAGGACUGAGCAAGAACGACGGUAUAACACCAUCCACACCACCACUAGGUCACUCGUUGAGCGGUGCAUCGGCGUCCUCAAGCGCAGGUUUCAUUGUCUUCAUGGAGAGAUGUGGAUGCACUCUGAGCGACGCUGCACCGUAAUAGCAGCGUGCACUGUCCUCCACAACAUCUGUGUCACCAAGAGGAUCCCUGUUCCUAGGCAACACCAUCAGCCGGGGCCGGAGGAAGGUGUCGACCCUGUGGACCAUGCAGGGCAUGAAGAUGUCGGUGGACGACUAGUCCGUACACGCAUUAUUAAUGCUUUAUAAAUGUUAAAAAUAAUUCUGCCAAUUAUCUGCAGCUUGUAAACCAUACAAAUAAGCCACAAAGAAAGUCCUGUAGGUCUAUAAUAAACUUUUAAACUUUAAA